AUUUUGAGAAUAUACAUAGUAGAAUGAAAAUUGGGUUUAAUACCGUUGAGCGUGAGUCUUACUGUAUUGACAAUUUCCUCAGUGUAAAUCUCAUUCAAGUAAACUUUAUUUUUAAUGAUUUAAAUAGAUUAUUAGAUCUUAUAUACAUCAGUGAUAAUGUUGAUUUUUGUAUAUCUAAAUGCAGUUCGCCGAUUUCCGAAGCUACUAUGCACCAUGUGCCUUUAGAAAUCGGGCUAAAAUUUUAUGUUUUUUCGGAAAUCGUGGCUGAUGUAAGUAGUGACUUCGAUUAUGCGUCUUGUGAUUUUCCAGCUCUUAAUAAGUCGAUUUCUGAAAUUAAUUGGGAUGAACUUCUUUUGGACUCGGAGGUUCAUAGCUGCUAUUCAACUUUUAAAUUAAAAGUUAAUGAAUUCUGUUUAAAUAACAUACCUAUAAAACGAAAGCGAUCUUAUAAGUCACCUUGGUAUAAUAGAGCUUUAAUGAAUUUAAAAAACAUUAAAAACAAAUACCUUAAGAAGUUCAAAUCAACUAGAAUCCAAGCAUUCUUUGUAAAAUUUCAGCAAUGUCAGAAAGAGUUUAAGUCAUUAAAUAAUCUUCUGUACACAAGGUAUAUAAGGAGUACUGAGCGUAAUAUCAAAGCUAACCCGAAAUCUUUCUGGGGCUUCGUAAAAUCGAAAAAAGUUUCUAGUAUACCUAGUUCAUUAUUUUUAGAUAACAAGUCGGCUAAUACUCCUGUUGAGGCCGCUAAUCUUUUUGCGGAAUAUUGCUAUUUUGUUGAAGACGUUGUGAUUUCUCCUGACUUUUCAUCUGAAAUACCCCCUUCUAUUAAUCUAGGGACUUUGCAUAUAUCCUCUGAUGAAGUUUCAAGGGCGAUGCUUUCUCUCAAUACUUCGCCAAAAUCGGACGUAGACGGCCUAUCAGCUCUUUUUAAGAGCCUGCCCAGCGUUGUCAUAUCCUUUACACUUGAUUUUCAAAAAUGGUAGUAAAAGUAAUGUUCGCAAUUAUAGGCCAAUUGCAAAACUAUCAAAUAUUUCGAAGCUGUUUGAAAGUGUUGUUAAGGACAAAAUCUAUUUCGCUGUAAAAUCAUUACUAAGCCCAUACCAACAUGGAUUUAUUUCUGGGCGCUCGACAGUCUCUAACUUAAUGGUAUUUAGCGAUUUUUGCACCUCAGCGUUUUCGAUUGGCUCGCAAGUGGAUUGCAUAUAUACUGACUUCUCUAAGGCGUUUGACACGAGUCUCCCACAGGAUUCUGAUCAGUAAGUUAGCUUGCCUUGGCUUCCAUUCAUCCGUUUUGCAAUGGAUAACGUCAUAUCUAUCCAAUCGUCGUUGUGCUGUCUCAAUUGAUUCCUCAACUUCGGACUUUUUUGUUGCCCCUUCUGGGGUUCCUCAAGGUAGCAUUUUAGGCCCUCUACUUUUUGUUCUUUUUAUAAAUGACAUUGGAAGUUGUUUUAGCUUUUCAAAUUAUCUUCUUUUUGCUGAUGAUUUGAAAAUUUUUACGAUGGUUAACAAUAUGGAAGACUCAAGUAAGCUUCAAAGUGAUUUGAACAGUCUUCAUUUGUGGUGUGAAAAGUCGCGGCUGUCGUUGAACAUUGCUAAGUGUUUUCACUUAACUUAUACUAGGCGUCUUAAUGCUACAUCUACCCUUUAUUUUAUUGAUAACUGUGUUUUAAACAAAGUUUCAGAGACUAAAGAUCUUGGAGUGGUUUUCGAGUCAAAGUUUUCAUUUAAUAAUCACAUAAAUUUCAUUCUUUCAAAGGCUUAUUCGGUAUUGGGAUUUAUUCGACGUAGUUCCACUGAUUUUUCUGAUCCAUACACUUUUAAGCUUCUUUUUACUUCUCUUGUACGCUCCAAUUUAGAAUAUGCAGUAAUUAUCUGGAGACCCUAUGAUCAACAAUCGAUAAAUAGGAUCGAACGGGUUCAAAAGAUAUUUCUAAAGCAUGCAUUGCGUUCUUUACGGUUCGAGGAUCCAAUGCCACCGUACCAAUCUCGGCUAUUGCUUAUUGAUCUAUGCUCUCUAGAGAAAAGAAGGUCCAUUCUAGCUCUCUCGUUUAUUUUCAAUAUAGUUAAUGGCAAUGUCGAUUGUCCAACUCUUCUAGAGCGAAUAAAUUUUAACGUUCCGCAAAGAAAUCUGCGAAGCUUUCUUCCUUUUUAAGUUGCUAGUUGCAGAACUAAUUUUGAAAGUAAUGCACCUAUUACGCGUGCCUUAAAAGAAUUUAAUGACUUAUCUUCUUUUAAAUUAAUUGAUUUUUCCUUAUCAAGAUCUUAUUUUGUGUUGAUCUUAAAUUCUAUUAUUUGAUAAGUAUGUAUUAAAUAUAAUUAUUAUUGUUUCUUUAGUCUGUAAGGUACU